AUGGAACGAAAGAAUUCAGAAGCUGGCCCUUCAAAUAAUCCUCUCAAAGUACCUGCUGCAUCCUUUCCUACACAUAAUUCACCUCGGGUUUGGUUCAUGACAUCUGCAUUAUCCCCAUUAUGUGUCAGAUUAAUCAGACUUCUUCUCAAGCAUGGUGAUUAUGUAGCCGCUGGUCUGCCGCCAAAAGAAAUUGAAGAUGAUGAGCGAUGUCUAGAGUUCAAGGAACUCAUCAAUGACUAUAUUCUGAUGUGCUGCUCAUCUGAAGAUCCACAAAAUGAUAAACCUUCAAUUGAAUCAGUGUUUCCUAUUCUACCUAGCGAAUCAAAGGAUAAAUUGGUUAUGGAAACCGUUCAUGCCUUAACAGCAAUUGGAGGUCAUGAAAACCCCCCAGCGAGGCAUAUCGUAGGUUAUGAAGGAAUCGCAUCUGUUAAGGAAAAGUUGAAGAUAGUCAGUGAAGAAAUGGAAGACUUUGUGGAAGUUAGUUGUGCAGUGGAUAUCUACACUAAAAGCGCAGUUAGCCAGGCAGCAUUGGCUGAACCAAGGUCACAACGUAAGCGUAGUGUCAGUAUUGAAAGACGGGACUCCAACAAUGAAGAGGAAAAGGGGGAGGGGGGAGCGGAAGAGGAAAGAAGAAGUCAAGGAGGAGUCAAGGAGGAAGUCAUUGAGAGAACUGAGGAAGAAACGUACCUAAAUUAA